AUGGCCGACACAGACCCGACAACUGAUGCGCUGGUGUGGCAGCUACACCGGCAGCUGAACGACUUACGGCCGCGCGCAGGCCGCGCGGGCGCGGUGUUGGCGACGCAGCUGUCGACCGACCGCGCGCGCGGCCGCGGGCGGCCCAAGCCGCAGGGGACAGAGUCGGAAUCGCGGGAGCACAGCCGGCGGCGGCGGUCCAGCGACGGCGGCGUGGGUGGUGGCGAGCAGCAGCACACGAGCGCUCAGCGCGUGAAGAAGGAGCCCGCUGAGACCAGCAGCAGCGGGGAAGAGCGUCGGAACGAGCGGCAGGAGCGGCGUCAGCCGCAUGAGCAGCAGCGGCAGCAGCACGGGAAGGAGCGCGAGCGGCAGCGCGCGGACCUGUCUGACUAUGGCAAGUCCGACCGCCCCGUGAAGCUCUUCCUUGCGGGCACGCGCUGGGGCGUGUCGCUGCCCUGCAGCGCGCUGCGCAGCCGCCACGAGCUCGCGCGGUCCAUCAACGACGCCUUUGUGGGGGAUGUCCUGAGCGUGGGCCGAGGGGACGGCCUGAGCGUCGUUUUCGUGACCACCGAGGGGGAGGCGGAGGAGAUGCCCGCCCCGCGGGGGGCCGCGGGCGCCGGCGCCGGCGCCGGCGCGGGGCGCGGCGGCGAGAGCGCGUCCAAGUGGCGGCGGCUGGCCGGCAAGGCGGCGAGGGUGUAUGUGCGGUGGGACGACGUGGCGGCGCCGGGCGCGGGCGGGCGCGGCGCUGCGCAGCAGCUGGCGGAGGCGGGCGGGGGCCUGAGGCCUGCCUUAGGGCUGCCCAUACCACAUGAAGAGCUGGAUUGA